GUUACGGGAAUCGUUGGCGCCAGCAAUCCCGUGGCUGAAGCAUGAUUCAUCGCAAGGGGCGAAGCACUUUAAUAACUCGUGCAGUGCUGCUACUCACGUUAGCUCCCAGUCUCGCAUAUCGAACAUCCAUUCAUCAAGAUGACCUCUCAGCAGCCCUUCUUUCGACUUGCCUCCGUUCUAUUGUCACUGUCUCUACUCGUCUGUUACAUCCCUCCUUGUCACGCAACCUGUUACGGCCUCGAUGGAAACAUUAUGGAUCCGGAGUUCCUACCUUGCAGCUACAUUGACGGAGCUAUAUUGGUCUGUUGCGCGUCGAAUCGUACUAACCACUUCGCUGGUUCGACUUUUGGAGGGCCCACCGCAGACAAAUGCUUACCGAACGGACUGUGUCAGAACGUUGCUAUAGCCCCCCCUUCGGAGACUAUCGUGCGGUACUGGCGUAACGGUUGUACAACCACACCCGUGGACCCCGAACACUGCCUGGACGUGUGUAUCCAACCUGAUGAAGUGAUAGGCGGAGGGUUUGCUAUCAUGACACCCUGCGACGGGAACUCGAAUUCUACGAUGUGGUGUUGCGGAAACGAUACCACUUGCUGUGGGACUUCCGCGGAAGUCUCGCUGGCGGCUACUCUUGGUGUCGCUCUACCGUCAUCUACCUCAGCUUCGACUGCCUUACCGACCUCGGAUGGGAGUUCUACUAGUCCUUCGGCAACUUUAGCACCUGUCGGCAGUCCUAGUCCCACGGGCUCCGUCAGUCGCCAGUCAAUGCUCAAUGCAGGCGCCUUAGCAGGAAUAGUCAUAUCUACAAUUAUCACCGUCGUGGCCGUACUCGUGCUCUUCUUACUCUGGCGCCGAUGGAAUAAACGAAAAGCGAGUCUUGACGAAGCAGCAAGCGGAGCAGCGGCAGGGUCGACUCUUGACGCCUCAGCGGAUCGCCGCACAUGGCCCUCGCAUCAGAGCAAUGUGACGCCUGGCGAUGGUCCUAUUUCACCAACCCCAAAGAGAGCACCACACACGCAUCCGCAACAGUCAGAAGGGGACGGGAAUCGCCAGUGGAGAAAGAUGGUCCAGAUAACAUGGUGUGCGAGAUGGCGUCGUAAAGAUCUCGGUGUCUAGGAAGGAAACAUUGGAAGGCAGAACGUCGGGGAUUCGCAUCGCCGCCCCUAGGAGGCCCCGAAGCCGCAUCCCUAAAGAGUGUUCUUCUGGGGCCUGUUCAUCCUAGGUUUUAGACAGAUUUAGAUUUCAGUGAACGCUAUACCAUAACAGGGAUAGCGUAAUACUAGCGUGCCGUAGCUGCUGG